UCCAGAAAAAAACUUUUACCAUAACCACCCUUGGUGCAUGCCACGCAAAACAACAUCGUUAUGGGCAUUUGGAGCGUUUAAACCUGGGCCUUGCCAUCUCUGCGUGCCUUUUAGUACGCCAACCGAAGAUGAUCUAAUCACAUGUGUCAUUGUUUUUUCGUUUGAAUCGGGCUUUAACUCAUCGGCACAUUGUUGCAACCAUGUCUUUAAUUGGGUGGUUGGAGUUAUCAAAUUGUUCAUGCAUCCAUCGUCACCUAAUGUUCUAAUCCGUGUUGGCAUUUUGCUGUUUCACUUUAUACUGCGACUUGCAGUGAGUGUUUGAGUAUGUAAAAGAAAAGAAAAGGAUAAUGACGUAUGAAUAUAUCAUUCUUUUUUAUUGUAUGGUUAAUUGGUGUAUUUAAUAAAGUUAAAAAAAUAAAAUCUUUGGAAAACAAUGAAGAAGGCCCAGUAUCCUGAUCUUCUUUAAAAGCUUGUGAAAAACUAAUAUAUUGCGGAUGCCGUAAUGGACGUAUAAUCCCGAUUUUCUUUCCUAAAAAAGAUUUGUUGCUGGAUGGAAUUGCAGUGAUUAUAAAAUAUUAUCUUGGAAUGAGAUUAGAUAUCGUAGCUGGGGGACAAUAAUCCACGUGUAUAACUAUCAUUUGCCAUAACCGGAUACCCUAGUGGGCCAAACUGUAGAAUAAUCCUGUGUGAAAAAGAAAACUAAGAACCAAACUUGGAGGUGGCUCAGCCACAAGAUUUUGUGGUGGAGGGAAACUCCGACCACCACCACAUGGCGUUGGCGUAGUCAUUGAUGCUAGACAUUAUGUUCGACCAAAAGGUCUCCCUCCUAACUCCUAGUUGGCAACUGCAUAUAUCAACAAGAUGUCUAUUGUAUUAUUAAUGUACAAGUCACAAAUUUUAAAAAAUUAAAAUUACCAAUUUUAAUCGAUGUGUUACAAUGUCUUCCAUAAUUCUAUCUUUAAACUAGAAAACUCAAGACCUUGUCUAAAUAAAGGUCUAACAACUUAUACUACAGUCAUUACCAAACGGUUAAAAACUAAUGUCUUAUUACAAAUCAAGAAAGACAUCUCAUUAUUUUCAUCAAUAGUCUCGAAAUUGAGUUUGAUGUUUUGCUUUAUAGUUUGGAUUCAAAUUGUUUGAUACUAUAAUUAGAAAUUUAGAAGUCAUUGAUUCGGCUAUAUAGCUUAUAAUAUACCUAUUACCAGGUCUAGUAAGAAGUUGUCUCCAAUUCUAAUUCAAUUGGACAUUGAUUCAAUAAAAAACUAUCAAAAAGCAUCUAAGACUUCGUAAAAAUGCAAAAGGUUUUACGAGUUGAGUAGAUAACCUAAUAUAAUAGUUUUAAUUUGUAGUUGGUAAGAUAUCCAAUAUAUCUAAAAAACUGACCAUGAUGUAAUAUUUUCCUCCUAAUGUCCAAACAAAAGCCUAUUAAAAGUGAAUUAAAAAAGGUAACAUAUACGACUAGUCGUCUACUCGAUCUAUUACUAACGUCCUUAUAUAACCCAUAACACUCGAUAUCAUCAUCACCUUAUCCUACCUCCCAUAUCUUAAUUUGAAACCAUGGCUGCUUAUGCCAAGAACACCAAUAGGGUUACGCUUGCAAUGGAGAGAACUGGACAAUGGGUUUUCUCUCAAGAUAUCCCAACUGAUAUUCUUAUACAAGUUGGUGAAGCAAAGUUUCCUCUUCACAAGUUCAUGUUAGUAGCAAAGAGCAAUUACAUAAGAAGAUUAAUACUAGAAUCAAAAGAACCUGAUUUGGCAAAGCUAGACCUCUCGAGUAUCCCUGGAGGAGCUGAGAUCUUUGAGAAGGCAGCAAAGUUUUGCUAUGGUGUCAAUUUCGAAAUUACUGUACAUAACGUAGCAGCUCUCCGCUGUGCUGCAGAGUAUCUCGACAUGACAGAUCAGUACUGUGACGGCAACCUUGCCGGCCGGACGGACGAUUUCCUUCUUCAGGUAGCCCUAACGAGCCUCUCCGGCGCCGUCGUCGUCUUAAAAUCAUGUGAAGAUCUUCUUCCCAUAGCUGAACAGAUCAACAUUGUCCAACGAUGUGUUGAAGUGGCUAGUGCUAAGGCGUGUAACGAAGCAAAUUUUCCGAGCCGUUCGCCGCCGAAUUGGUGGACAGAAGAGCUAUCAAUCGUCCACAUACACUUCUUCGAGAAAAUAAUCGCUUCGAUGAAAUCACGAGGCGCAAAAGCACUCACAAUUGCUAGCGCUAUCAUAACCUACACCGAGAGAGCGUUACCGGGCCUCGUCCGCGACCACUCCGGUAACACCAUAAAAUCUUCGAUCUCCAUCGACUCCGCCUCCAGAAACAAACAAAGAGAGCUCCUAGAGUCAGUCGUCGCUCUACUCCCCAUCGAAAAUCAACGAGCGUCUUUUCCGAUUAACUUCCUUUGUUGCCUCCUCCGAACGGCGAUCUUCCUCGAAAACGAUGAUGUUUGCAAGAAGCAUCUGGAGAAACGGAUAUCAGCGAUGUUAGAGCAUGUCACCAUCGAUGAUCUGCUUGUGCUGUCAUACACUUUCGACGGAGAGAGAUUGUUUGAUUUGGAGAGCGUACGGAGGAUCAUUUCUGGAUUCGUGGAGAAGGAGAAGAGUGUGUCUGUGUUCAACGGCGGUGAUUUCAGAGAAGUCUCGUCGACGGCGAUGCUUAGGGUUGCAAAGACCAUUGAUGCGUACCUCGGUGAAAUCGCGAUGGUUGAUGAGUUGACCAUUUCAAAGUUCAACGGAAUUGCCAAUUUGGUACCAAAAAAUUCACGGAAAUUUGAUGAUGAUCUUUACCGCGCAAUUGAUAUAUACCUCAAGGCUCAUCCAACUUUAGACGAAAUUGAACGUGAGAAAGUUUGUAGCGCAAUGGACCCACUAAAACUCUCCUACGAAGCACGAGUACACGCGUCGCAAAAUAAAAGAUUACCCGUACAAAUAGUGUUGCAUGCGCUUUAUUUUGAUCAGCUACAGAUACGAAGUGGUACAGAUGAGAAGAAGACACCCGAUGCUUUAAGCAUGAGAUCUCAAGUACAAGCAGACGUUUCAUUGGCUAAAGAAAAUGAAGCAUUGAGAUCCGAAUUGUUGCAAAUGAAGGCUUAUAUAACUGAUAUACAACACAAGAAUCAAGUGGGAUCAACGUCUUCUAGAAUUGGUAAUGCAAAGAAGCAUAAAUUCUUCUCGUCGAUGUCUAAGACAUUGGGGAAGUUGAAUCCGUUCAAAAACGGUUCAAAGGACACUUCUAAUAUUGAUGAUGUCAACGACAUUGACCUUACAAAGCCUAGGAGGAGACGGUUUUCCAUCUCCUAGACUUGAAAACCUUUUCGAAUACUGAUGAAUUAGAUUAGCCGGUGUGAAGUGUGAUUUUUUUCCUUUCAUUUAUUUUUUAUGUUGUAUGUAUACAAGAGCGAGUCCCCCAAGUGUGUAUGUAGAAAAUUAAAGAUUUCUUUCGUCCUAAAUGUUGGUUCUAAGAAUCGUACCAAAUUAUAUAUUUGUUUAUUUUAUGUAGUGCCAAUGUUUGAUGAAAACAAAAUGAAAAAUAGAUAUAUGUAUAUGUUGGAUUAUAAAAAAAAAAAAAAAAAAAACAAAAUCGUAACAAAUUAUAUAUCGGUUUAUUUUAUGCAAUGCAGAUGUUUUAUGAAUACAAUAUCUGUUCACAGUCAGAAAAAAUCGAUUUGUUUAUGUUUUAUUU